CGAUUGGAGCACAUUUCGUGACUUUAGGUAGCUAGCGACGUUGGUGGUACAACUCAGCUGGUAGAGUGUUGUUUACUUGUGUUGAUUGUUGGAAAGAAAAGUGCGAUGGCUGCUGGUUGUUGUGGUACCAAAAAACAAAAAUUGAAUAAUUCUUCGAGUAUUCCAUCCUGCAAUGGAUCCUCUGUUAUGCCGAAUGGUAUCAGCAAUGGUUUGGGAACUGUCGCGUUACCAGAAAUGUGUUUCUUUUGUUUUGAUGUUCUUUAUAGUCAUUUAUAUAACCUCGCUCCUCCAAAGAACCCAUCGUUUAGUAACGAUGCAUACCCUUUAUUUGUGACAUGGAAAAUAGGUAAAGAUAAACGACUGCGAGGAUGUAUAGGAACAUUUAAUGCAAUGAAUCUCCAAUCGGGAUUAAGAGAAUAUGCUAUUACAAGUGCUGUAAAAGACUCUAGAUUUAGUCCAAUAACUCGUGACGAAUUUCCAAAACUGAGUGUUUCAGUGUCAAUUUUGAGACAUUUUGAAGAUGGUGACGAUUAUUUAGAUUGGCAAGUCGGUAUUCAUGGAAUAAGAAUUGAGUUUAUAAAUGAGAAGGGGAAUAAAAGGACUGCUACUUAUUUACCAGAAGUAGCUUCAGAACAAGGUUGGGAUCAGCUGCAAACCAUAGACUCUCUUUUACGUAAAGGAGGCUACAAAUCAGUGAUAUCUAGCGAAGUGCGUCGUACAAUAAAACUAACUCGUUAUCAAAGUGAAAAGAUAACAGUGACUUAUCAAGAGUAUAUGAACCAUUGGAACAAUCAAAGAUGCUAGCAGUUAGUGUGGGGGUGUCCCAUAGUACCACCCCCACAUCUACCGCCUCCGCAAACAUCAUCUUACACCGCAGUGCCCACAUUAUUAAUGGUGCAGCCUCCACUUCCGAUUCCGACCUACGGGCCUCCUGUGAUGGGGCCACCUGCCCAUACUACACUGCCCAUGUGGUGGGACAGCUAUCCAGGUUCUUCUUAUCGACAAGAAAUGCCUGGGUUGUCAACACCCGAAUCUCAGUAUAAUGUCUAUCAUAAUUUUUUCCAAAAACAAAAGUGACCAAUCAGUUGUUAGACCAGUUGGCGGAUGGAAAGAACGUAUUUCCAAAUGAAUUUAUUAUUUCUAUUCAUUGUGAAUGAAAUCAGAUUUUUAUUAGCAAAUUACGUGAUUCGUCCUACACCCUUUGAUAAAUCAAUAUUGGUAUGCAUAAGAUUAGAAACAUUCGGUGCCUUCCCAUAUUAAAAAAAAGGUAAUACAUACAGGGUAUUUCUAAAUUCAUGCCACAACAUUCAAGAGGUGAUUGCUGGUAUAAAAUUAAAAUGAGUUUUUCCAUAACAAAAUUCCCUCAGUCCGAAAUAUCACCCUUAAAAGGUAGCGACUAAAUUUUUUCUCUGUAGCUAUGGUUUUGGGAAAAAAUUUACUGUUGUAUAUUUGGGUAUGAUGGCAUAUACAAUACGGGUUGUUCCGUUCCAAAGACAAAAAUUUCAGAAAAAAACAAUAUAAACUAUAUUUCAGUCGCCACUUUUCAAGGGUAAUAUCGUGGAAAGGGGAGGGGGUUGAGGAAAUUUUAAUUUCAUCACCUCCUGAAUAUUGUCGCAUGAAUUUAAAAACUCCCUGUAUAAUUAAUGCUAAAUCUACGAAAUUGAUGGACGUUUCUAAAAAAAACAGAACAGAAUUUUGUGGUUCUAUAUAUAUAUAUAUAUAUAUAUAUAUAUAUAUAUAUAUAUAUAUAUAUAUAUAUAUAUAUAUAUAUAUAUCUUUCGCUAAUGUUAGUGGCAAUAGUACAAAUUUUCAUUAAAUUUUUUUCUCUUUGAUAAUAAUGAAUAUAAAGAAAAUGCUUGCAAUGAAUUGAAUUGGUCUUUCAAAUUUCGUAAUAAUCGACUAAUUUUGCUAAUACUAUUUAUGAGUGCUUUUAGUCCUGUUCUGUAAGUAGUAUUAAUACUUACAUAUCCAUAUCUUAUAAUUCUAAAUGUACAUAUUCUGCAAUGCUGUUUGCCAUUUUUUUUAAAUUUCAGUUUCAUAUUUAAUAAUCUUCUUACCAAGUGUUUCAUGAGGGUCUCAGUCCAUCUUGCCCUAGUUCCUUUAUCGAUCUAUUUUUAUACAUACUGUAUGAUAUCCAUACCAAUUAGGCUGUUUCGUGUUAAUUUUUUCUGUUGAUUCUUGUUGUUACUUUCUUAAUAUUUUUAUUUCGCUAUGUAUACUUGGAUUUUCAAGAAUUUCUUUCUUUAAAAUAAUUUUCUAUUGUUCAUUGAUAUCCUCAACAAUUAAUUUUAUUUCAUCUUCAAAUGUUUCCAUAUUCUACUGGUAUUUACAAUUUGAAGCACUCAAGGUCUUCUGUACUCCCAUACUUCUGGUAAUAUCCCUUUUCAAUUAACUAUAGUGGAUUUUCCAUACGGACCAUACAAACUUUAGUACAAUGAUAUGAUGUUAUGUACCAUGUUAUCAUGUAUAAUAGAACUCUUGUCUGUGUUGUAGAAAUUUGUUUCCAAUAAAGUUCUUUUUUUAUCACUCCGUUAUCCCGAAGUCGAAAUUUCUGGAACCGUUGGUGAUAUUUAUACUGAACACACUGGUUACACUACCAGUACACCAACAAUCACAAUUACACUGAAGGUAAACUAAAACCUAAUAACUUGAAUUAGCUGCUUUAUACUGAAUUUUCCCGCCAACAAAUCUUCUCUCGCGAAAAUUGAUACCAACGGGAAAAAGUCCUUGGCGGGAAUCUUCAUAUUUAUACUAAUAAAUUAUAGAGUGGACUGUAAGGAAUUGGCCCUUUAUCCCUAUUUAAGCUUAAGCCAUUUGUACCAAUUUGAGUUUAUCAGUAUAUUUAUACUGAUAUCUUCAUAUUUAUGAAAAUUCCCGCUGUAAUUAAUUUUAUCGGGAGAAUGUAAUUAAUUUGGUGGGAAAAUGUAAUAUAAAACAGGUAAGUCAAGUUAUUAGGUUUUAGUUUACCUUCAAUCUCUGAAGGUUAUCGAAACGCGCGUCAGAAAGUAUAAUUGUGAGUGUUGGUGUAAUCGUCAUAUGUUGUAUAAAGUCGAGAGUCUUCAAUCAGUGGGACAAUAUCUUCAAAACACUGGUAUAUUUUCAACUUAUACAUUCAUUAUGAUUACUGACAUCUGACAACGCGUUAGUCAGUAAGUAUAUUGAUAAAAAUGUCACUGUUGACAACUAUAUGUGUGUCUAUAUCUAUAUAUUUAUACAAAUAUUAUGUUGUUAUAUUCUGAUGGUACGUGUUUUUUUAUUGAGUCGAAAUGCACGUUUAUUAAUUAACUUUACAAUUUUUAACAACUAACUCGUUUUACAUAUUACUGUGCCCACUAUUGCUUUCGUUACUAUAUAGUUUUUUCUUCUAAUUCAUUUAUCUUCUCUUCAUCUGCCAGGUUAUUUCCAAAAUGUUCAUGUCGUUACUCUUUUUGAAGUUUGUUUAUUUUUUCUUUGCAUAAAUAUGCUUCUAAUUAUGGUUAAUUAUGAUUUUGGUUUUAUUAAUUUUGACAUCUGUUACACUUUUUUCUAUUUCCGGAGACAGACAUUCCUUAACUUUGAAAUUUUAUUAUUGAGGCUAUAUUAUUUGAAUAUAGAUUAUUAUUACAAAAAUCAUAUUGUGGUAUGAUUAUUUUAUAGACGUCAUAAAAUGUCUAGAGAGAAAUAUUUUUUCCUUAUUCAUAGUUUUUGUUAUAAGUCCUUAAAAUUAAAACCCAUUAAAGCUUUUUUUGUAAUACUAGUGAGUAAUUAUUUAAAGAAAAAAUUUAAACAUAUAUCAGGGAAUUUCUCUGUAAGCUCGUACAGAUCCUAUACAAUUGUUAAUUAUUUUCAACAUUUGCCAAAAAAUCGUGUUGUAUUUCGAAAAAAAAUAACUAUUAUUUUAGUUAGAUAAGUAGUGCCACAGAAUUUAUUCAUAUUUUCUGAAUUAUUAACGAUUUUCCAAAAAAUCAUGAAAAGGGACUGUUUAAUACAUUAGGGGAUUUUUCAACGUGUCAAGGGACUAUAAAGUGACUGUUGUGUUUUGAAAAAAAUUAACUAUUAUUUUGGUUAGAUAAGUGAUCCCGCUGAAUUUAUUCAUAUUUUCCGAUCUAUUAACGAGUUUACAAGAAAUAAUGAAAGGGGACUAUUUGAUACAUCAGGGGACUGUUUUUCAACGUUACAAGGGACUAUUAAGUGAAACAAAAAACUGUUGUAUUUUGAAAAAAGUCAUUUUACAUUAAUAAAAUAUUUUUUAGCAUAUUUUCGCAUCAAUAGUUAACAAAUUUCUCUAUAAAAAAUAGUAUUCUACAAAGGUCUAGAAUAAAAAGAAAUAAAUAGACUUUCCUGGAAAUAAUUUAAAAGAAAUACUGUUAAUAACCCGCCCGCUCUAAUAAAAAGUUCUAAAAUGAAACAUCAAAGGAACGUCCGCCAUUUGUAAAAGCAGAUGAAUGACGUCGCGCGAAUUCGCCGAAUUUUAAAAUUCCAUUGUAGCUGGACAUGACCGGCCUAAAGACCCAUUUCACGAGCUUGUUCGAAACAAUACAAUGAACUUCAUUGAAGUCGUCGUCCUCUUCAUUUACUGGAGGACUAUGAUCACGUAAUGAAUUGCUGCUGUCACAAUGCUCUUUUUGAUCAAAAUCGACUUUUCUUGAAAAAUAAUCUUUAUCAGCCACUCAAUUUCUGAAAUUUGUGAACAAAGUACCGUUUGAAUGUUACCUCACCACAUAGAAAAUCGGGCCAGCAGUUAAUUUUGAUGAUUGGAUGUAAAAUUUUCACAUAUUCAGUGGUUUUUCCAGGAAAUUUUAUCUUUUAAGGUUAUUUUGUAUAAUAUGUAAACCGGCAAAACCAUUUUUUCCUUUAUUAAUGUAUUCGCUGUAUAUUCAUUGCUCAAGUGUCUAAAUCACUUUACAUAUAGACGUGUCACAAUAAAGGGAACCAGUGCCGGAUUAAGAUUUAUAAUGCCCGGAGCUAAAAUAUUGACGGGGUCCCUUUAAGGAAUUCGGAAAUCAGCAAAAAAUAAAAAAAUAAUAUCAAUACGUUACAUUUGUGGUACCAACACAACAAAUAAUACAGAAUGUUUUCCAAAUGACUUGGGGUACGGGGCUAUAGCCACCCAAGCCCCCAGCUUAAUCCGGCCCUGAAUGGGCAUUAUUACAAAAAUUAUACAACUAAGCAAUUUUUUUAAAAACAACAAAAAGAAAAUAUUCACCAUAAGCACGGAAGUAUUUUAAAAAAUUAUAUACAAGUUUCCAAAUGCUUUUUAUUAUUAGUUCUAUACAUUUUCAUCCAUUCGCUAAUUGGUCUUAUUUUUGUUAAGUUGUGCUCUUAGGAAUAGUAUAAUUUGUUCAAAAGGCAUAGUAUCGUGUUUUACUACAAUAAAGUACGGAUUUAUGGUUUGAAAUAUUUUUCACUUAGUAUAAAGAAAAACGAUUUUCAAAAAUAUUUAUGCAACGAGAAAAACUAAUUUGGUAAAAGAGAAUUCGAAUAAAACGUGUACAAUUGGAGAAUGGAAAUUCAAAAUGGUCUAAGUAAGUGCCAAAAAAAAUAAACGUAUGUCCAAAAGAUGAACAAAAAAACUGAUAUUUAACUUCUUUUUAAAUAUAAAAACACGUGGUAGGAGUUUGAAAUGAUUAACUUAAUAAUUUACUGAUUUCCAAAUACAUACGACGUUUUUCAACUAAAUACAUAGACACUUUUUCACAUACUACCUUUUACCUUUGAACUUAAGAUCUUUUGUAUUUUAUAUUUCAAGAAAUAACUAGUCAUACGACUAUUAAUGAUGAGAUAACUUUAAUGAACAAAACAGUGACUGUUACAGUUGGGUAGCAAAUAAUGUUUAUGGGUGUUUCUCUGUAAACUGGGCAACUCGUUCUAAGACAACUUUUUUGCUCAUAUUAUAAUAAAUUUUAUUUGGGGAACAAGUAUCCGUUUAUUUAUUAAUAUAGAGCAGACGAACCACAAAUAUUUCCAUUACUUUAGAAAAUAUUAAGCAUUUUCUGCUGUCAAAGCCAGGGGACUGUGAACUUAAAUAAAAAAAAUACAAUUCUAGUAUCGAAAUUAAAUGUUUUUUUAUUAUUAUAAACUUUGGAGCUUAAAAAUUAAGUAACUAAAUAAUAAAAGUUGAAUAAUUUUCAUAAAAGUCCAUGUGAAUAAGACCGUUUUCUUCUGUCAGUGUACUUUUGUUUCUUAAUUGCACUGAACUGAUGUACAAUAUUUCUUUCGUGACGAAAAAAUGUUGUCAUUUUGAUUAUUUAAUUAAUGUAUAUUGAGUAAAGUAAACAUACAAUUUAUAAAAAAUAUAAAAUUCAAUCUAUAGUAUCAUCCUCUUCGCUAGCCAUACAAGAGUCAUCCGAACACUAUCGGUUCUAUAGUUUGUUCUAUGAGGUUAUCUAAAACCCAUAUUUUCUCUUUCUCUUUAAUUACAUGAUUCACGGCAUCUCUCCAGUUCUCUUCAGUUAUUGUUGUCAAUGUGUACUUCAUGAGUUCACGAACAUCUUUCAUAUAAAUGUUUUAUUAUGUCUAGCUACAUAACCUUUCAUUUGGGCCCAUAUUAACUCUAUCGCAUUUAUUUCGCAAUGGUAUGGCGGCAAACGAAGCACUGUUAUCCCACGAUUCUUGUCUAUUUCAUCAAUAACAAACUUUUUGAAUUGUAGCCUGUGAUCUGAAGCAACCUUUAAAAGUUCUUUUUUCAACAUAUCAUCUUCAAAUAGUAUAUCUUUUACGAUUAACCAGUUUCUAAUAUCAGCUUUUCUCCAAGAGGUAGAUGGAAGAUU